GGCAAGUUUAGUUUGCAUCAACGACUGCAGCAGGAGUACACGCCGCCAGCCACGUUGGUGACCUUGCUCUCUUCAUUUCGCCGCGGCCUUGAGGUUGAAUCAAUUGUGGUGUUGAGCGCUUAUUCGAUCUUUCAAAUACCAGGCCACGCCGCAACCCUGCAACGCAGCUUGAGACGUCUUCCUUCCCCCUACUCGGAGUGAUUCAAAGCAGCACACACUCCAAUAUUCAUCUAGGGAGUAGUUUUCGCUUAAGAAGUUCCAGAUUAUUGCGGUUCCAAUAGUGAGCUAUAUAGCGCGCUCUACUUAGUACGCCUCUUCCCUGAUUAUUCCCUGGUAUCGAACAGGCACACGACAUUUUACAGCAAUGCCUCGUGGCACAACUUUGGCUUUCUUGGCCCUCCCUUUACUUGCACUAUCACUCGCGUACUACGCACAAUCAUCCUCCUCGCCUCUUGGACCUGCACCUCAUCUUGGAACUGGACUGCAGCUUUCGCUGGCUCUGUCAGGUCUCAUCGGAUACGCACAAGCCGCCGUGCAGGCGCCUUUCGGGUUCAAAACUGUAGAACAGCCUGCACAAGCAGUAUUUGAUACUGAUGAACAGGACUACACACGCGAGCCUCGUCCGCGUUUCACGCGCAAAAUCAUUGCUGUAGGGGAUAUACACGGUGACAUUGGGAAUGCAGAACGUAUUCUACAGAUGUCCGGCGUCGUGGACGAGAACAAUGAUUGGAGCGGCAAUGUGGAUGUUUUUGUGCAGACCGGUGACAUUAUUGACAGGGGUGACGAUACCAUCGAGUUGUUUAAUUGGAUGGAAGACCUCCGAGAGCAAGCCUUGGCUGUCAACGGCAUCAUGUUGUCGAUCCUCGGAAAUCAUGAGUACAUGAAUGCGAUAGGUGAUUGGCGUUACGUCCUGGAGUCGGAGAAGAAGACUUUUGAGCCUCGCGAGAGCCGCCUGGAAGCUGUUACAACUGGCUGGCUCGCGGAUGCAUGGGCAGAGAACUAUACUACUGCUGUGCGACUUCCUCUUCACGGUUUACUUGGCCCUCCCAACACCGAUUACCCAACACCAGAUGGAAGCGCAUUUGCACGUGCCAAUGCAGGACCUCUUUCGCAUGCUGCUUUCUCAUUCGUGCAUGGUGGUUUAGCUCCUACAUACCCUAAUCUCCAGCCAUUCCCGAGUGCCAUUAAUAACCUUGGGUCAUCGCUUUUAGAUAGGCUGAGGGAGCGCAAGCCUCAGCCACUGCCUCACCCACCCAGUUCGUACCCCGGUCUUCCCGUAGGCACGACUCGCGAGGAAGCCCGCUUGUACGGUGGUGACGGGCCCCUGUGGUACCGUGGCUGGGCCGAUGAAGAUGAAAAGAAGGUGUGCCGGAUGGUCGACGAGGUUCUCCAAAAGACGGGCACUCGCCGUAUGGUGAUGGGUCACACACCGCAAUUUGACAGCAUUGCAGCCAGGUGUGACGGAAAGGUGCUCAUCAUUGACACGGGUAUUUCGCAUGCUUAUGGUGGUGCUCUAUCGGCACUGUCAAUUGAGUACACGUUGGAGCCUGUAAAAGGUGGAGGAUGGAAAGAGCAGGAGAUCGUCAAGGCUCUAUACGCUGACAGUGAUGACGAGCUGAUUGCCGUCAGCACGCGGGACCUCGAGGACCUCUGGUAGACCUCUGCAAGAUUUCGCGACACCAUUUGGUGAUUCCGACUGAAAACCUACAGGCCGCGGAGGAUGGUGGUGAGACGUAAUGAAUGUUGAAAGGUAGCCAGGUGCAAUGACUUAUGGUAUCGUAGAAUGCUCCUCGUUCUGAGGGAUCUAUGGAAUUUAUGAUGAGAUUUGUGUUAGUGUUGUGUUGUGAGUUUGAUAUAGGUGUCCGAAAAUCCUUAUCCGCAC